UUGCCGCAUUUGACAGCUGCAGCUGUCAGUGGUGGGAACACACGCACGGUUGCUAAUAACGCAGGAGUGCUUUGACUAAAAUGUUUGGUCUUAUAAUACCAGGACAGCAGAAGAAGCAACCGGAAAGGCCGCCACGGCCACCAACCAAGCCUUCAAUCUUCGAAGAGAGCAGCAACAGUUCAGUUAGUGAUCAUGAUACAAGUGGUCCACAAAAGCGGCCCACCGGCAAAGCUGGUGUGGUCAGUGGACCCAGUUUGAUGGAGCGUCGUGUGGCAAGAAAUAUGCAGGAAAAGGCCUUGGCCGAGGACCCAACUAUAUUUCAGUAUGACGAGCUAUACGAUGAUAUGGACAACAAACGCGAGGAAGCCAAAGAAACGAAAAAGUUGGAGCCACGCAAAGCCAAAUAUAUUGGCCGCCUGCUUGAACAUGCUGAACGUCGUAAGCUGGAGAACGAACUGCGCAUUGAGCGACAAGUGCAAAAGGAUCGCGAAGCCGAAGGCGAAAUGUUUAAGGACAAGGAUACAUAUGUGACCGCAGCAUAUCGUAAAAAACUCGAAUCCAUACGACAGUUGCAGGAGCAGGAUGCACGCGAUGAGUAUUUAGAAGCCAUUGGCGAUGUGACUAAACAAAAGGAUCUCGAUGGUUUCUACAGACAUCUAUAUGAACAAAAAUUGGGUACACAACAGACAGUGAUUAAGCCAAAAACGGCUCCCAGCACAGAAGAUGUGGCCUAUAAGCCAAUCAAGCGUGAAGGACAAUUAACCAGUUCAACUAAACAGCGUAGCUAUAGAAGACAACGUUCCUCGCUGGAGGAGGAGGAUGAUGAUAAGACUGCUGCAACAACUACUCCCACAGCUGACAGCAAAUCCGGAACAGCGAAAGCUCAUUUAUCUAACAAUAUAGAUGCUGAUUCAGACUUUAGCAUUGACGAAUCCAGCGAUGAUGAUGAGCAGGCGACAACGAAGCCAACCAGCAACAAGGAUAAAGCCCAGCCAGAGACAGACACCACAGACAAGGAUAAACAACCUACUUUAGAAACUGAGUCCAAGCAGCAACAUCAGCAGCCACAACUACAGCCUAUUGAGCAUAGCGACGACAGUGCCAUUAAGGAGGAAAAUGUUGUGACAGUUGCCAAAAAGCCCAUUGAUCGCAGCUACAUUUGGCGAAAGCGAACUGUAGGUGAUGCAUUUGAUGCAGCGCUAACACGCUAUCAUGACCGUAAACUGGCCAGACGUGCUUGAUGUCUGAUGCCUGAUCCUAUAAUUUAGUAGGUCACAUAAGUCAGCAUUUUCAGCUGCUUCUAAAACUUGCUUAUUAUAUUAAUUUUAAACAAAACAUACAUUUUUA